AGAUAUGCCAGUCUGAAACGGUUCCUUUAAGAAGACGAAAAACUCAGAGGUUUGGAACAACUUGGAUUCAUGCUCACUGUAACAGCAUCAUGUCUCAACCACCAGCCUCAUCUGUUCUCGCCCUGCAUUCAAAAACACACAAGGACACAAUCCUGCAUGAAUUUGACAAGCUCAGAAGAAGGGAACUGCUCUGUGACAUAACCCUCAUCGUAGAAGACGUGCACUUCAAGGCACACAAGGCUCUUUUGGCAGCGAGCAGUGAGUAUUUCUCAUUAAUGUUCACCGCUGAAGAUCAGGUAAGCCAGUCGGUGUACAAGCUGGAUGGCAUGGCUGCGAAAACCUUCUCGGCCGUGCUCGAGUUUAUCUACAGCGCAAAUGUGUCUGUGGACGAGAGCAGCUCUGAGCAGCUGCUUGACAUGGCGCGGUUUCUGGACAUCCGAGAUUUGCUCAAAGCCCACGAGGACCUUCAAAAGGACAGUUCAACGGCUGAAAAUGUGAUGUCUGCCGAGGGAGACAGUGUUGAUGAAUGCAUACAGACAAAGCGUAAAAGAGGGCGGCCGAAAAAGAGCCUUCACACUCAGGAUUCAAGCCAAAAAGAGGAUCCAGACACUGGUUUACCAGCACAAAGUACCUCUGAGUCCACAGAACCCCUCUUAGAUCCCACUUCCCCACCGAGAGACUUCAGCGACAGCGACUAUAACCCCAGAGAGGACAGACCUCGUCACAGCAAGCGCAAAAUAAAGCGGCCUGUCAAGCUGAAGGGAUACAGGUUAGGAGACGAGCUCUUGGAGCGCAAGGAGCCGGGGAAGAGAGGACGCAAGAGGAAGUACCCAGACACAGAGGCCAGGUGUGACCAGUGUGGGAAGGUUUUUAAAAACCAUCUGUUUCUGAAGAUACAUCAACGCACUCACACAGGUGAAAAACCAUUCAGAUGCAGUGUUUGUGGGAAGGGUUUCACCCAGAAACACACUCUUUUGGUUCAUCAGCGCAUGCACACGGGAGAAAAGCCCUUCAUCUGCACCAUAUGUUCCAAAGCGCUGUCCACGAAACACUCGCUACUGGAGCACAUGAACCUACACGCAGAGAAUAAAUCUUUCAGUUGUGACAAGUGUGGGAAAAGCUUCAGUCAGAAGCGGCAGCUGAAAAGUCAUUACCGUGUUCACACAGGAAAAGCAUUACCUGAGUGUGCACAAUGCCAUCAUAAAUUUAUGGAUGCAGCUCAACUGAAGAAGCACCUGAGAACUCAUACUGGUGAGAAGCCGUUCACAUGUGAGAUCUGUGGGAAGUGUUUCACAGCCAAGAGCACACUACAGACACACAUCAUGAUACACAGAGGAGAGAAGCCAUACGUCUGCAACAUCUGCGAUAAGACCUUCUCUGACCCCAGUGCCAGGAGGCGUCAUGUGGCAUCAAUGAUGUUUAUACCAUAG